CGCGGUCUUUCUCUUUCCCGGUCAACAUGGCGGCAUCCAUGGCAUCACAGGCUGUAGCAAGAGGUUUACACGGAGCAAGUGCUAAGUACUUAUUUCUUGACAAAUUCAAGUGUGCACGGGUGAGUUCCAGGCGCUGGCUGAACCUGCAGGAGUACCAGAGCAAGAAGCUGAUGCAGGAGAGUGGGGUGACUGUCCAGCGUUUCUACGUGGCUGACAAUCCUCCCGACGCCCUGCAGGCCGCCAAGAGACUCAACGCCAAGGAGAUAGUCCUGAAGGCCCAGAUACUGGCUGGGGGACGAGGGAAGGGUGUGUUCAACAGUGGCCUUAAAGGUGGAGUGCACUUAACUAAAGACCCCUCUGUGGUGGGUGAGCUGGCCAGUAAGAUGCUAGGCUAUAGCCUGACCACCAAGCAGACGCCAAAGGAAGGAGUGGAAGUAAAAACAGUGAUGGUGGCUGAAGCCCUGGACAUCACCAGAGAGACCUACUUUGCCAUCCUGAUGGACCGGGCCUGCAACGGCCCCGUCAUGGUGGGCAGUCCUCAGGGUGGCAUGGACAUAGAGGAGGUUGCUGACAAAUCCCCAGAACUCAUCUUUAAGGAAGUUAUAGAUAUUUUCGAGGGCGUGCGAGAUGACCAGGCGCUCCGCAUGGCAGCUAAUUUGGGUUUCAAAGGACCUCUGGAAAGACAGGCUGCAGAUCAGAUUAUGAGGCUCUAUGAUCUGUUCCUGAAAGUCGACGCCACUCAAGUUGAAGUCAAUCCUCUCGGAGAGACUCCCGAAGGACAAGUGGUGUGCUUUGAUGCCAAGAUCAGCUUUGACGAUAACGCAGAGUUCCGUCAAAAAGCCGUCUUUGCCAUGGGCGACAUGUCAGAGAGCGAUCCCACAGAGACAGAGGCAGCCAAAUGGGACCUCAAGUACAUUGGCUUGGAUGGAAACAUUGCCUGCUUUGUGAAUGGGGCUGGUUUGGCUAUGGCAACGUGUGACAUCAUCGACCUCCAUGGAGGGAAACCGGCCAACUUCCUAGACCUGGGAGGAGGAGUGAAGGAGAAACAGGUUUACGAGGCCUUCAAACUGCUCACUGCCGACCCCAAGGUGGAGGCCAUCCUGGUGAACAUCUUCGGGGGCAUCGUCAACUGUGCCAUCAUUGCCAACGGCAUCACCAAGGCUUGCCGUGAGCUGGAGCUCAAAGUUCCCCUGGUUGUCAGGCUGGAAGGGACAAAUGUGCAGGAGGCCAAGAGGAUCCUGUCAGAGAGUGGACUGCCCAUCGUAGCCGCCAAUGACCUGGAUGACGCUGCCAAGAAAGCUGUGGCCGCCAUUACCAGGAAGUAGAGAGCCUCAGCCUUCCAUAAUACUGACCAGUCCUUUCCCCUCUCUGUUCUGAGCACCCUAGUCCCUCCUAACUCCACCCAAAACCAACCAUGCUGGCUCCUGUUCCACUGCACAGGGCAUGUACACCAAUCCUUCAAAUCCCAGUGCAAGAGGCGUCACUACAGUCCCUGGUUUGAAUCCAGGCUGUAUCACAUCCGGUCGUGAAUGGGAGUCCCAUAGGGCGGCGCACAAUUGGCCCAGCAUCGUCCAGGUUUGGCCGGGGUAGGCCGUCAUUGUAAAUAAGAAUUUAUUCUUAACCGACUUGCCUAGUUAAAAACAAAAAAGAGACUAAAUAUUCAGCGCAUCGCUACGUUUCAACCUCCUGUGUUAUGAUGAUUACCGUAACUGCAAUAUAUCAGGUUGAUUUAUCAUAUAGCUUUCAUCUAUUUUCUGACCAUAAAGUUUAUACUGUAUUUCUGAGAUUUGUUGGUAUUUGGUUAGGUUUAUACUAUAUUUCUGAGAUUUGUUGGUAUUUGGUUAGGUUUAUACUAUAUUUCUGAGAUUUCUUGGUAUUUGGUUAGGUUUAUACUAUAUUUCUGAGAUUUCUUGGUAUUUUUAUGUGGGUGACUCUUUAAUUGUGCAUUCCAUUUUGAUGAGCUGAGAAACUUAAAUCUAUUUCUCUAGCUAUAUGAUUACCUUUUCAAAAAAGCAAGAAUAAUAUUGUAUAACAUUGGUGUUAUUGUUUUAUUAAACCAUAGUAAUACAAAAGGAAAGACAAGGAUUUUUCAAAGUAAAUGACAUGUUCCAGACUGCAUUUUCAGAUGCCACUGUGAAAUCAUUCAUAAACAUAUCCCGGUAUUCAGGAAUGAAUAGUAGUGUGUAGCUCACUUGACCCGCCUGGAGUAUUAGAGAGCAGCAUUUAAUGGAUUAUGAUUUUGUGUAAUUGUUUAUGCGUUGUAGUAGGUGACCUCACUGUUUUGCCUUUGUUAAAAUCCAGUUUAUUGAUGCCUUAAUCAGAGGUCCUUAGUAUGUGAAACCUCAACCUCACAUGAGUAUUACAGUAUGUUUGAAACAACUCGUAUGAAAUGUCAAAUGUUGUUGCCCUGUUAACUUUGUAAUUCCAUGUAUGAUAUUAAAGUAGGUCUACUACUUUGAUCUAUAUAGCAGUAUGUAACUUUGAUAAAUCAUCUGUGCCUACCUGAUGAGGGUAAACUGGUUUGUGAAGCCAAGCAGCCAACACACUGUCCGUCAUAUGAAUAAUGCGGUAGAGAUAGUUUAAAUGAUUUUUAUAAGCAUGAAUGUAUGUCAUUCAGUUGAGAUUAGGUCAACUGUACAGUAUGAAUAAUUGGAGAGCUUAAUAAAGGUGACUAAGAAUU